AUGAAGACUAGCAAGGAAGCAGUAAAGAAGAAGCCGACCAAGCCGUUGGCGAUAAAGAUGAAAAACAAACAGAAGAAUCAACAGUCCCCAACUGAUAAAGCAACUCCAUCUGAAAGUGCUCCGCCACUCACUUCAAAGUUGCAAUCCCCGACAAACACCAAAUCCGCAAAACCAUCUCUUACACCUGAUAGUAGGCGAUCAUCACCAAGGAACAAGAAGUCAAGUGAUAAAGCAUCUCCAUAUGAAAGUGCUCCACUCACUUCAAAGUUGCAGACUAGCAAGGAUACGAUAAAGAUGAAGGACAAAAAGAAGUUUGCGAUAAAGAUGAAAAACAAGCAGAACACUCAACAGUCCCCAACUGAUAAAACAUCUCCAUUCGAAAGUGCUUCACUCACUUCAAAGUUGCAAACCCCGCCAAAAACCAAGUCUGCAGAACCAUCUCUUUCACCUGAAAGUAGGCGAUCAUCACCAAGGAACAAGAAGUUAGCAGAAGAUAAUGUUGAACCAUCUCCAAAUACAAUGCAAUUAAGGCGAACACCAAGGAAUAGGAAGCUAACAGAACCAAGUGUUGUUGUUUCUCCAACUAAAUGUGUAACAACUUCAAAGCAUCAUCGACAACUGGAAAGUGAACUGUCGUCACCCACUACAAAGAGACAAGCUACUAGGAAGAAGAAUGUGCAAUCCCAAUCUAAAAGCUCUAAGGGAGAUGAUGAAAAUUCUGGAGUGGGGCGAAAGAAUGUGAAGCGGAAACUUGACACAAGCAGCACAGGCACAUGUCUGAAUGUUCAACUUAGGGAUCCAAACGACACACUCGCAGAUUUGCAAGAGGAAGAAGAAGAGGAAGAGGAAAAUCUACGUACCCGUAAAGCUGUGGAAGAGGAUAACUCUAAUCAUGUGGAGCCUGAUGUGGAAGAAGAAAAUGAUAAUAGUAAUGAUGAUGAGCCUGAAUUGGAGAAUGGUAAUAGUUCUGAUAAUGAGGAAGGUGAAGAAGGAAAAGAAGCGAAGAAAAGAAAGUAUGUUCCACGUGGCCCAACCCAGAUGCAUGCAUUGAAGUUAGAUUCUGUUGAGCCGAAGAGAACAGUUUCCUUCAAUACUAAUGAACAGCCGAUGGGCAAUCCAUCUGUGCAACUAGCCGGUGUACUAAGGGUGCUUGUUCGGAAACUUCCGUUAACUUUCAGGGAUUGGAGACGUGUCCCUAUUGAAGCCAAAGAAAACAUAUGGAAGAUAGUCUUGAGCCGAUUCAUUGUGUCUGAGUGUUACAAAGACUACUAUUUCAGCAAAAUGGGAGCUUAUCUUAGAGAAGCAAGGUCAAGGAAAGCUGGUUUGGUAAUCGAUGCUUUGGAUUGGCUCCAAGGGGAAGAAAGAAACGACUGGAAAAGUUAA